UACUAAAGUUUGAACGACGUAGGAAAUCUUGUCGCGGAAUUGUUUUUAUUUUAUUUUUAAAAUCACUGGAUGGCUGGUGUAACAGACUGGGAUCUUUAUUGACUCGGCACGAUGUUGCUGUUAUCUAGUGGUCCCUCGACACAAACCUCACAGCUGAUGUCAUCAGGCUGCUAGAAUCUUAUGGAGAAAGUGAAAGCCCGGAGAACCUUUUAAGAAAAAUAAAUCUCCCAAGUUGCCGAUGGAACGUUUGGCAUUGUAGACAGUAAUCUACCGAAUCAUGAUGAGAUCUGUGUCUGACAAUAAUGCCUCAGACUGGGACUGCAGCGUGUCUGAGACGUCUUCCCUGGCUAGCGGCCUUGGUUGGCGGGGUAACACCAGUCUACACGGCCUUAUACAGUCCAUGAAGAGACGGGGGCGUUCGGGGCUCGACACCUCCCAGGGUUCUCUGCACUCCACGCUCUUCUCCAGCUGUAGCAGCAUCGCAAGCAUCAGUGAGGAAGAGGAGAGGGUGGAGGAGGAGCUGUGUGACCCCGGGGCGGAGAAACCGUCUCACGAGGAGCUGACCUCAGAUACAAACAACUGCCACAAGCCUCAAGCGUUGAAAAGAGUGGAGAAAGGAAGUGUGUCUUGUGGGAGCUCUGCGCUGCUGUCAGAUGCGGUGACUGCCGGGAGUCCUUUGGAAGUCACCGAGGUGGUCGCUUUUACGGGGAAAUUGGGGGGUUCAUCUGGUGUUGAACAGCGACUGGGGAUGAAACGCAGAACAAGACACAGUGUCCCGAGCUUUACCAUGAAGACCCGAGGCCGGGCUGUGGCUGACAGUUCUCUUCUGGACCACCCGCAAAACUCUGCGAGAUCUUCGUCAUGCACGACGGUCAGCUCGCCGACAGACAACCUUGUGGGUUCGACAAAGCCUUCAAUAUGUUCAACGAAACCUUCAACUCGUUCAACAAAGCCUUCCACCCGUUCCAAAAAACCUUCUUUUUCUGAGAGUCUGACUGACAAGCAAAAUGACUUUUUGGGGACAAAACCAUCAAGGCGUCUCAACAGCUUAACGGACAAAGGAAAAGAGAAAGAGGAAACGUGUGCAGGGAAGAGAAAGAGUGAGAGGGGGGCCAAAGGGAAGAAAAGUGAGGAAAGUGUCCCGAUAAAGAAGGGCAGAACAGCACAGUCAGGUGGACCAGCGGAGGAGAAGCAGAGGAAAGGGGCUUCAUCGUUGAGUGAAAAUCCUGCCCCUGGGGGUGCCGUUGGUGUGACAGAACUGUGGGACUGGGUCAUCAAACCGGUUCCAGAUUGCCGUGGAGUUUGUGUGGAGGGCCAGAAAAGUGGUGUGGACGGCUACUGGCACAGCACAGCCAUCACAGAAGCGCGCAGCCGCCGGGAAUUGCGGACCGUCUCUGGCAGCCUCUACCAGCUGAAGGGGAAAAUCAAUAAACUGUGUACGCUGGACAAUGGUUUUCCCAAAGAAGUGGUUGUGGCUUUCUCUCAUGGUUUCCCCAAAGACUGGAGAGACCUUGUGGACAAGUAUUACAGCAGUCUUGAAGACAGCAUCUCAGUAGAUAUGGAACUGCUUGGCGGCCGCGCAAAGAAACUCCUGGCUCGGAGGAGGUCGAAGGCAGUCGCUAAGGGGAGGUCAACAGAAGUGAAUCCUCUGGAUCAGAUCUCUAUUCUGACGGCGGCGCGCGUCAUCAAGCGGGAGAGUUCCCCAGAAGACCUGACCUUGACCCGGAGUGGACGGCGUUCCCUGCCGCCCCUGGCCAGCUGGCUAGGUCAGACGUACUCUGUGGUGCCGGGCACCAACAAGGUCAAGGUCACGUUUGACACGGACACGGCAGAGAGGGCCCUCACGGCGGAGACCAGACACAUCCUUCGUCUGCCAAAGUGGUCCCAGAGGAGCUUACUGCACAAGAGCCUGUCGCGGAGUCUCUCUGCCCUGUCACCCACCUCGCCGUCUGCUGGCCGCCUCUCCACAGCACCUGAGUUGACUGCUGGCCAGGUGACUCCGGCCAGCUCUGUGUCCUCCAAAAGCAACGGCAAAUCUCGUGACUCGGGCAUCAGCGGCGUUGUGGAGCUCCACGCCAAUGGUCAGAGUGUUUCCAGCGGGCGACAAGGGGAGGGCUUCCAGUCUCCCAAACACUCUUCUCCUCGUGUUGCGGGGCCAGGUUCUGGUUCGGCGCAUGCCACCCCUCCCGGGCCCCUCGCUGAUGGGAAGACGGGGAGACCGUCUUGUUCUGGCAAAUCUCGGCUUGGGGUUACAAAACGAUCAUUAACCCACAAGAAGGAGUGGAUUGGCAAAAAGUCGUGUAGCAAAAACUCAAGCAGCAAGGAGUCGCAGUCAAAUUGCAAAGAGUCGCGCGGCAAAAAGUCCCAUGGCAAGGGAUCACUUGGUAAAGAGUCACAUGACAAAAAGUCGUGCGGCAAGUUGCCAGAGUCACAUGGGAAAGAGUUAUGCAGCGAAGAAUCGCCUGGCACAGAGUCACAGGAGACCAGACCUAGCAGAAACACGUCAGCUUCCAAAUCCAAGUCCAAAUCUAAAACGAGCAAAACCAGCAAAGCGUCUUUGAAAGCGGUUGGUAAAGCAGCCGGUUGUGACACGGGAGACAAAGAGAACGUUGAUGUGUUGUCGGCGGGGGGCGAGACUCUAAAUGCGCCUGCUGCAGACAAAAGUUGUCCACCAAACGGCUCUGCGGGCAAAAGAGCUCGCCGCCUUGCCGCGGUGAUGGCGGGGGACAAAUUCAGGGAGAUUUUUACCCCUAGUAAUCCGACCAGGGGGAAGGCAGAUGUGCUCCCUGAUCAUCCGGUCCCGGGGAAGAAGAGGACGCGACGUGAGGAAAAGGCCCGACCGCUGGAUGCUGCCCCGGCAAAGGGGAGGAGGGAAAAGAAAUGGGAUGAGCGUGCUGUGGGUGAUGGGAGUGGAGAGGCUGACGUUGGAAAUGUGGGCAGGAAGAGGAGGAAGCUGGACAGCUCGGAUGGGGCUCGUGCUCGGGCAUGGACUGGGAAGGAUAAGACGCUGGUGCGCCACAGUGUGAGCCAGGUGUCGCGGGAUGACCCAGACUACCGGGACCAGGUGGCUGCUGCGGUCAGCCCGCGGUCAGCGAGACAGACCCAGCUCUUCCACCAGGACAACGGGCAGCCCACGAAGAAACCCUCUCAGGCUCCGCGGGCCUCGGCCAAGAAGGAAACAGCUAAGGGGAAGAGGCCGACUGGCGGGAAAGGAACUCUGAAACGUAAACAAGAAGUUCGCAGCAUGCUGGACGCCCAAAACCAGGACUACGAGGACAACCUGUUUGAGGGGACGCCUUUUGCCAGCCGGAGGUCACACUCGGCCGUGACUGGUAUUGAUUUCUCCAAGGAUGACGCCGAUGUCUUUGGAGCCAGGCACAAUUUCUUCACGCCACUCUCUUCUAAAGACGGCACUGGCACUCUGAGCUCGCCGGGAACUGCACUCAAGGCCAAACUGUCGUCGGCAAUGAAAAGGGCCACCCCGGGCCAGCUGUCAGCCGAGACACCUCUCUCCACAAACAGGNAUGUUGCUGACCGCUAUAUCAAGACCUUCAUGGAGCGCAAGAAGAAGCCAGCAGUCCCCGUGACACAGCUGAGUGUGGUAAGAACAGAUGUCCAUUGGCCUAUUGGUCAUAUGGAGGAGGAGCUGAGGGACAGCUUGCUUCCCGUCAAAGCGCUGUUCUCCCCCGUGGCUGUCCCCGCUGUCCUUGUGGAGGAAGACGAGCCUCACGACUCCUACAUGUACUACUGGGAUGAGGAAGAUUAA